AUGUCUGAAAAGUUUACUCGAGGAAUUGAUGAGGAAGUGAUAAAAAUCCUGAAUCUAACAGAUGAUUUUCAAAAGUUUGUUCUACUCGAACAGCAGCGAUGGGUUGAGCUUCAUUAUUCGCGAGGGAGAUAUUUUCGACUGCGAAUACCAAAGUUUGGACGAGACAUGGACUUGAUCACAGAACGAAGUGAACUCGUUAUAUCAACCAGCGGAGAUGAGAUAUACCGAUUGAAUCUGGAGCAAGGCGAAUUUUUGGAGCCAUAUCGUACUGUUGAGUGUUGGGAUCAUCGUGAUAAAUCGCGAGUUGGACUUCUUGAUGUCGCGUCUAGUAUUUCGGAUUAUACCAAUGGAAUUGCCGCUGUAACGGCGCUAAAAUUCUGCGAUCCUCUACAUUUUGGCGUAGGCACUUCAAGUGGACAUGUAGUUCUCUAUGAUAUUCGUGCAUCAAAACCGCUGCUCGUGAAAGAUAUGCAAAAUGAUCUACCGAUAAGGCGAAUUGAAUUUGUGCGCAAGGAAGACGAUAAUAUUGUACUGUCAAUGGAUAACCGUGCUAUCAAAAUUUGGAACGAGCGAAAUGGGCGACCGAUUACUGCAAUUGAGCCGGAACCCUCUUUGAAUGAUUUUGUGCUUUAUCCGAACUCGGGAAUGCUAUUUAUUGCCGCAGAGGCUCCUCGGAUGCUUCAAUACUUUUGCCCUAUUCUUGGCCCAGCUCCAAAAUGGUGCUCAUUUUUGGAAGCGAUCACCGAAGAAUUAGAAGAAAGUGACAAGCCAGCCGUUUAUGAUGACUACAAAUUCGUUACCGAAGCUCAACUGGAUGAUCUUGGUUUGAAACAUUUGAUUGGUACUCAAUUGUUGAGAGCCUACAUGCACGGAUUUUUCAUUGACAUUCGGUUAUACAACAAGGCCAAGCUGAAGACACAACCAUUUGCAUAUGAGAACUACAAGAAGAGAAAGAUCCGGGAAGCGAUGGAAGAUGAACGGGAAGAGGCAGCGAUUGGUGUUAAAUUGAAGAAAGAAUCGGAAGUUAAAGUGAAUCGAGAGCUUGCUAAAAAACUUGAACUUGACGCCUCAAUCGCAAACAAAAAGAAGAAGUUCGCAAAAGAAAAGGCAAAUGCGGCAGCUUCUUUGCUACAAGAUCCUCGGUUCGCUAAACUUUUCGAAGAUGAGGAGUUCGAGGUGGAUGAAACCAGUGAAAUUUUCACAAGCCUGCAAUCCAGACUGGAGAAGUCGCAGAAAAAGAAGAAAAGACCCGAUGAAGAUGAUGAUGAUGAUGAGAAUGAUGGCGAUGAUGAUAGAAAUUCGGAGAGCGAUGAAGGGCAUCCACAAACGGAAUUUUUCGAUCAACUUGAGGGAGGAAGAAAAAGUUCGAAA